CUGUAAAUCAUUUCCACAGGAAGACAGAUGACGGGCCAGAAUACCAACGCACCAUUCGCAUGGACAAGGAGAGCGCUCAGAAGGUCCUCUACGUGGAGGGCACCACUUUGAAGGCCAACCUGGGCAGGUGUGCACCUACCAACUCCAAGUUCUUCUCGGUGAAAUGCACGCCCACCGUCAAGUACAGGGUGGUGCCGCCUCCCCAGGAGACCCCGCCCGGCUCCCCCGUGGUCCUGGAGGAUAAGUCCAUGCUGCUCGUCUCCGUGACGUCCGCCAGCCAGCACCAGGACGACAGCAAGCUGUCGGUCAGUUACUACGGGCAAGAUGAAGACAUUUUGGGGACCGCCGUCUUGCACUUGACCGCACUCGAGAUCUCUCUGGACGUGGAUGCAGACCGAGAUGGUGUCGUGGAGAAAAACAACCCCAAUAAGGGGUCCUGGAAGUGGGGUCCUGACGGGCACGGAGCCAUCCUACUGGUCAACUGUGACGCCGAGCGCAGCUAUGUCGAUAAACCGGACAACACGGUGGACUACAUCGCCAAGUUGUCAGAUCUGAAGGACAUGUCGGUGAUGGCCCUGCGGACCCGCGGCCCCGACAAGCUUCCGGAGGGCUACAAGCUCACCAUGCACACGUGUCUGGACCACGCAGAGGGCCUCAGGGUCUACAUGUCUAAGCCUCGCUACGGCAGACAGUCCUCAUCUGGCAAGGCCAGGGACUACACCCAAGUGCUGAGCAGCCACGUCCUGUCCAGGGAGGUUCCUUACGUGGGGGGUGAGGCAGAGAUGAACUUUUACGUGGAGGGUCUCAGGUUUCCUGACAAAGACUUCGACGGGCUGGUCCGCAUCAGCCUCAGCCUGCUGGAGCCCGCCUGCCCGGGUCUCCCUGAGACGCCCAUUUUCACAGACACAGUCAUGUUCCGAGUGGCGCCUUGGAUCAUGACGCCAAACAUCUUGGAGCCCGCCGAGGUCUUUGUCUGCAGCACGUCAGAUAACUACGCCUUCCUGAAAGGGAUGCGGAGCCUCGUGACCAAAAGUGGAUACAAGCUGAGCGUGUGCCAUGAGUACAUGAACAGGGGCGACCGCUGGAUGCAAGAUGAGUUGGAGUUCGGUUACAUCGAGGCGCCACAUCAUCGCUUUCCCGUGGUCUUGGAUUCGCCGCGGGACGGAAAACUGUUGGACUUUCCGUACAAAGAGCUCCUGGGCCCCGACUUUGGCUACGUGACCAGAGUGGCGCCCAGAGACGACGUGAGCAGCCUGGACUCCUUCGGCAACCUGGAGGUCAGUCCUCCUGUGACGGUGGACGGGAGGAAGUACCCGCUGGGGAGAAUCAUCAUUGGUGUGGCCUUUCCCACGACGACUCAGGGACGUCACAUGACCAAAGUGGUUCAGGACUUCCUGUGGGCACAGAAGGUCCAGGAGCCGAUCGCCUUGUAUUCCGACUGGCUGGUGGUCGGCCACGUGGAUGAAUUCAUGACGUUUGUUCCCGCGCCUGACAGGAAGGGCUUCCGUCUGCUGCUGGCCAGUCCAGACGCGGGCUACAAGCUCUUCAGAGGCUUGAAGAACCAAGGUCAUGGACAGGCCAAACUCUUCGAGGACUGCAGGAACCAGGAGACCAUCACGGUGGACGACAUCCUUGAAGACACGGCCUUCCAGGCGGACAACAACUACGUCCAGAGCUGCAUCGACUGGAACCGAGACGUUCUGAAGCGAGAGCUGGGCCUGGAGGACUCGGACAUCAUCGACCUGCCCAUCCUCUUCCAGCUGAAGGAAGAGGAAGGUGACGUGCACAGAGCGGUGGCCUUCUACCCCGACAUGGUGAACCUGAUAGUCCUGGGCAAAAACCUGGGCAUCCCUAAGCCCUUCGGCCCCAAGGUGGACGGCCGCUGUGCCCUGGAGGCGGAGAUGUGCUCCCUGAUGGAGGCCCUGGGCCUCAGCUGCACCUUCAUCGACGACUUCGCUUCUUACCACCGCCUUCUGGGCGAGGUCCACUGCGGCUCCAACGUGCGCCGAGAACCUUUCCACUUCAAGUGGUGGAACCUGGACAUGUGAGGAGACUGAACACACCAGAAGAAGUACAAUCAUUUACAACAGCACAGAAAGUUCUGGUCCGGACGGGACCACCUGGACCACACAUGGACUAUGAAGACCAGCCACCAGGGGGCAGCAAGUCCAACAGUUUGACAUGAAUAUUCUUAAUCAAGACUUCCUGCCUUAUUUAAUCACCUGCGUUCACACUUGUCAUGUUUGGCUCACUUCAAACAUACCGCUGCCACCGUACAAGUGGACCGAGACCACUUUAGGAAUGGGUCUCGGUCCGCUUGCAAAGGAACUGUGGAUCAGUCGGGUUCCAAAUCUGCAAAACCACGGAAGAAAAAAAACACAAGAAAAGAAGCAUUCUGUCCUGAGUGACGACGCUUUAUACAAGUAGAUUUCAGAAUAAAACCUAAGAUGGUUCAAAUAGCAAACACAUCAGGGGUGUCCAAAGUGCGGCCCAGGGGCCAUUUGUGGCCCUCAGCUCAUUUGUGGCCCUCAGCUCAUUGUGUGAAUACUCCAAAACAUUCAUUCUUCUUCUUCUCCACAUUUUGCCGCGCUCUACCUUUCACAUUUUUCACCCGAUUCAAAGCGUUCCAACUUCAAACUGUUCAGCCUAUUUCCGGAAUCGCGGGCUUUCCCUUGACAAAUUCCCAAAAUUUCCAGAUUUCCCAGAAUUGCAGGUUUUCCGGGACAUUUUUUCCCAUUCAAAAUGAAUUGGCCAUUUUUCAAACUUUCACCAUUUCCACACCUUUUAACCGAUUCAAAGCAUUCCACCUUCAACACAUUCCACCAUCCUGGAAAUUUAAACUACCUUUUUUUCCAAGUUCAAAAAAAUUCCAUGAUUUUCCGGAGUUCCAAAAAUUCCCAGAUUUCCAGGUUUUCCGGGACAUUUUUCCCAUUCAAAAUGAAUUGGCCAUUUUUCAAACUUUCACCAUUUCCACAUUUUUCAACCGAUUCAAACCAUUCCACCUUCAACACAUUCUACCAUCCUGGAAAUUUAAACUACCUUUUUUCCAAGUUCGAAAAAAUUCCAUGAUUUUCCAGAAUUCCUAAAAUUCCCAGAAUUUCAGGUUUUCCGGGACAUUUUUCCCAUUCAAAAUGAAUUGGCCAUUUUUCAAACUUUCACCAUUUCCACACCUUUUAACCGAUUCAAACCAUUCCACCUUCAACACAUUACACCAUCCUGGAAAUUGAAACUACAGAUUUUCCAGAAUUCUAAAAAUUCCCAGAUUUCCCAGAAUUCCAGGUUUUCCGGGACAUUUUUCCCAUUUAAAAUGAAUUGGCCAUUUAUCAAACUUUCACCAUUUCCACAUUUUUCCCACCUUCAACACACUCCACCCAUCCUGGAAAUUUAAGCUACCUUUUUUCCAAGUUCAAAAAAAUUCCAUGAUUUUCCAGAAUUCCAAAAAU